AUUCGAUCUGGCGAGAACGAGAUCGGUGGUCUGGUCCCAGUGAUCACAUGCGACAAUGCUGAGUGAUCCUGUUAGACUAAGACCAUCACCGGUUUCACGGUCAAAACCCCAUGGCCAUAUUAUGCCUCGCCAAUGGGUAGCCGUGGAAGAUUACGUAAGCAGAGUGAAAAAUUUCCCCUGUGUGUGCGAUGCGAUGAGCUUCCUCGAGAAAUUUUUCACUUCUCCAAUGCCUUUAAUACCCGUGGUUUCUCUAUCUGUGUGACCGUGGCAAAGUAUGAAACAUCCAUUCCAAUUGAUCACGUCGAACAAAGCAGGUGAUGUUCUCUUCACGGCUACGAAGAACCAGCUGCAGGUGUUUUCAGUGACCAGUGGCCAGCUAUUGGGGAGCUGGGUUGACGAUAUUGACACCACUGAAUCUCUCAGGGCCAAGAUCAAAGCCGAGAGGGAAAGACAGCUCAAGGAGAAUGCCCUGAAGGCUGAGAAGGAAGGCGUGCAGCCGAAGAAGAAGAGAAAAUCCAACAACUCCGAGCCGAAGAUUCCAACGCCUGGCGAUGGAGCACCAACGAUCUACAACUACAUCAGAUCUCUACAACUGACUCCACAAGAGGAGCAUCUCGUUUGCACCACUGAUUCCGACAAGUCGUGUAUCGUAUUUAAGUUGAACUUUGGCUCUGAAAACUGCCUGGAGCUCAUCAAGAGACAGCCUUUCCCAAAGAGACCUUCUGCCAUCACCACAACAACAGAUGGUUCCACGGUGCUACUAGGCGAUAAGUUUGGUGACGUGUACAAGGUGCCAAUUGAUUCACAGCCUCCUGUGGAGAUCAACAGUGAAACUGAUCCUGUGUUGGGUCAUGUGUCGAUGCUUACUGAUUUACUCCUCGUUAAGCACGACUCGAAUGAGUACCUCAUCACUUGCGACCGUGACGAACAUAUCAGAGUGUCUCAUUACCCACAGGGGUUCAUCAUUAAAUCGUUCUUAUUCGGACAUGAGGAAUUUGUCAACACUUUGCUCGUGCCAAGUUUCCAACCAAAUGUGUUGAUCAGUGCAGGUGGUGAUGAUUACAUCAUCUCAUGGGACUGGGUUAAAGGGGAGAAGUUGGACAAGUUCGACAUCAGAGACCUUGUUGAGCUUGACGAUUCACAUUUGGCACCUUCAAAGUUCCAGAACGCAAAUGGUGACUUGAAGGAGAUUAGCGUGGCUGAGAUAAAGGAAUUACCAAGUCUAUAUGCCAUUGUGGUGCUAGUGGAGGCUACAAAAUCGUUGUUGGUUAUCAAAUUGGAUCAAAAAACUGGUAAAAUGUCCCUCUUCAAGAGAAUCGAUUUUCCCAACAAAGUCAUUUCAUUCACAAGCACAACAGAUAAGAUCAUCGUUUCUUUGGAAAGCGAUAGCAUGUUGAGCUUUGUCGAUCUGGAAACCUUGGAGAUAUCAAAGACCCACGAUGCUUUGGAUAAGAUCGUUGCAAACUCCUCGGUCGAGAUUGAGAACAAGGAACAGUUGUUCCCAUUGUAUACUACAUACCAGCUGCGUAAACGUAGUGAACAUUGAUCGAUGUAUUAAUACGAGUUAAAGACAUAAAUUGUAUCCAGUAGCUUUGGAAGGACUUCAAUUUCAGCCUAUCUACACAGCGAGAUGUCAACAUUGAAAUGAUGUAGAUAGCAACAUUUCUCACUUAAGAGGUUACAUAAGUGUAGAGGUCCCUGUGAUCUUUCCACAGUUAUACAGUUAUGACAUGGU